AUGACGCCCCGGGGCCGCGGGGACCCGCCGGUGCGGAGGGUGCGGAGCAAGGAAGCCUCUGCCACGGGCACCAUGAGGGGUCUCUGGGCCCUGGCGCUCGCCGGGCUCGUCAGCGCCUGCCAGGGGAAGGAGCUGCUGCCAGCCGAAGGGGAGCUGUGCCCGCAGCUCUGGGACGAGGAUCUGGUUGGGGACAAAUACGAGAAUGUCACGGGUUUUAACCUGAUUAAAAGGUUCGACUUGCUGAAGAUCUCGUCCAUCAAGAAGAUCCGCAGCGCCCGGGGGCCGGCGGUGCUGCGCCUGGGCACCGUGCCCCUGGUCCAGCCCACGCAGCAGGUGUUCCCUCGGGGGCUGCCCCCCACCUUCACCCUGGUUGUCACCUUGCUGCUGAAGAAGAACAGCACCGGGGAGCACUGGUACCUGUUCCAGGUCACCGACCGGCAGGGAUACCCCCAGCUCUCCCUGUCCGUGCACGGCCCCGAGAAAAGCCUGGAGUUCCAGGCCAGGGCGCCGGGGACCACCUUCGUCAGCGCCGUCUUCGGGGGCAAGGCCGUGGCGUCCCUGUUCGAUGGGCGGUGGCACAAGGUGGUGGUGGCCGUGCAGGGCCACGCCGUGUCCGUGCACCUGGACUGCGCCUCCAUCUCCUCCAAGCCGCUGGGGCCUCGGCGAGCGCUGGCCCCGGAGGGCAACACCUUCCUGGGGCUGGAUGCCGUGCGGGGCAGCCCGGUCCGGUUUGACAUCCAGCAAGCCCAGAUUUACUGUGACGCCGAGCUGGCCAGGCAGGAGGGGUGCUGCGAGAUCUCGGCCAGCGGGUGCCAGACGGAAGCGCCCAAGACUCGGCGGCAAGCGGAGCUGAUGCAGAGCAGCAACCUCAUCGAGAUGGUGCCGCAGCCCGAGGGCCGGGUGUUCACCCGCUGCUUCUGCCUGGAGGAGCCGCUGGGCACCGAGCCGGGGAGAACCUCGGGAAGGACCAGCCUGAGGGACGAUCCCAAAGAAAAGUGCCCUCCCUGCUCGCCCCAGAUGGCACCAGGAAAUGUCACCCUCGGUCCCCCAGGUCCAAAGGGCUCCAAGGGCGAGCGUGGCCUCCCUGGCACUGCUGGUGGCAAAGGGGAGAAGGGUGACCGUGGCAUGGACUGUGUGCGCACCCACCCCGAUGGCCCCGUGCAGUGUGCCGAGGGGCCGCGAGGUGAGAAGGGACAGCGCGGGCAGGUGGGACUCCCGGGGCCAGCUGGCACUGAGGGGCAGAAGGGCCAGAAGGGUGAGAAGGGCGACGGGGGACUGCAGGGCAAGCCAGGGCGCCCUGGGCGUGAUGGCCGGCCUGGAGAGAUCUGCGUGGUGGGGCCCAAGGGCCAGAAGGGUGACCCCGGCCUCGUGGGACCUGAGGGGUUGGCCGGUGAACCAGGACCCCCAGGCAAGCCAGGCUCUCCAGGGAUUGGCAUUCCAGGGAAGCCGGGUGACCCCGGUGGCCCCCCAGGUGCCAAGGGAGAGAAGGGCAGCCCGGGAGCUCCUGGACCCGGAGGAUCGCCUGGGACACCCGGUCUCCCCGGAGUCCUGGGGCCCAAAGGAGACAAGGGCGAGCCGUGCGAGGUGUGUCCCACUGUCCCCGACGGGAUGCUCGGUGCCAUCGGAAUUCCCGGCAAGCCGGGACCGCGGGGAGAGCCCGGAGCGCCCGGCAGGGACGGGGUCUCUGACAAACCCGGCCCCGCGGGACCCAAAGGGGACAGGGGAGAUCCAGGCAUCCAGGGGGUGAAAGGGGAGAAGGGGGACUCGUGCCAGUCCUGCGACCUCCGCGUCCUCGCCGCGCUGCGCCGCGACCCCGCCGAGGGGCUCGAGGGGGAGCCGGGGGUGCUGCCGGGGCUCUCCGGGCUGGCUGGGAUCAAGGGCGAGAAGGGGGACAGCGGCCAUGUGGGACCCACGGGCAGACCGGGAAUCCCGGGAGAGAAGGGAGAUCCAGGUGCGCGGGGACUCAAGGGAGAAAAGGGCGACCAAUGCGGGCAGUGCCCUCCCAGCCCUCAAGCCCUCCAAGGGACAGCGACAGUGAUGGCAGUGCCGGGGCCACCGGGUGAAAGGGGUCCUGCGGGCCCCCCGGGCAGAGCGGGCAGACCCGGCGGCGCUGGCGAGAAGGGACAGAAGGGCGACGCUGGCAGCCCCGGGGACCCGGGCACGCCGGGCAUGACCGGUGUCCCAGGGCUGUCGGGUGAGCCUGGCAUCAGGGGACCAGCCGGCCCCAAAGGCGACAAGGGAGACUCCUGCCAGCCCGGCCCCGCCGUGCUCGGCGACCUCUCGGACGUGCUGGGCAUCCCGGGCCAGCCCGGGCCCCGAGGGGACCAGGGCCCGCCGGGCAUCGGCCAACCGGGCAAACCCGGGAAGCCGGGACUGCCGGGGGUGCAGGGCCCCGCUGGGCCGAAGGGGCUGCAGGGUGAGCCAGGACCGCGGGGGAUCGGCCAGCCAGGACCACAGGGAGACCCCGGCAGUCCCGGACCCCCCGGACCCCCUGGCCCCCCCGGACCGCAGGGAACCCCGGGGAUGGCAGCAGAGAAAGGUGCCAAGGGAUCUCCGGGCCCCAAAGGUGCCACGGGACCGCCUGGGCCACCAGGGAGCAGCGUCAUAGGGCCACCGGGCCCCGAGGGGCAGCGGGGGCUCCCCGGGUCCAGUGGGCAGCCGGGGGAGAAGGGUGCCCAGGGAGAGAAGGGAGACCCCGGCGACUGCUCCUGCCCCUCCAGCCCCCGCCAGGACCCCAACUACAACGGGAUGCCGGUGAGUGUCACCCCCUCCCCCCGGGCUCUGUGUCACCCCCCGACCCCGUUCCGCCCCCCCCUGAAUUCCCUCCCCGUGUCUCAUCCCCAGGGAGCCCCAGGAUUAUGGACCGGGAUGUCCUGGCAGCCCCAGCCUGGCCCGCAGGGUCCCCCCGGAGCUCCGGGCCCUCCUGGCCCACCCGGUGCCCCCGGUCGCCAGGGAAUGCCGGGACACAACGGCUUGCCCGGACUGCCUGGACCGGCUGGAGACCUGGGACCUCUGGCCGUCAUGGCUGAGAGGAACAUCGAGGUGCUGAAGACUCUCUGCGGGGACUGUGCCCAGCUUCAGGCAGCUCUGGAAGCUCCCAGGGGAGUGGAGGGGGAGAAGGAGGAUGGGGGCAUGCCAGGUGCCCCUGGCAGCGAGAAUUGUGCCCGGUGCUUUGCCCAAUUCCCGCGAGCGGAGGAGGCUCGGGGUGACAGUCCCGACUGCGCGGGUGAUCCCGGGCUGCCGGGAGCCCCAGGAAUGCCAGGAGAGAGAGGAGAGCAGGUGGGUGAGCCCCAACCCAUCCCCGCACCCUCUCCUGCCAUCCCAGCCCCCAUCCCUCCCCAGGGCUCCCCAGGACUGCGUGGACCUCCAGGACCACCCGGACCCAUCGGCCCCCCAGGCUUUCCCGGAACGCCGGGCGCACCCGGACUGCCCGGUCUCCAAGGCGAGCGUGGCCCCGCGGGGCUCGCCGGAGCCAAAGGGGAGCCGGGACCUCCAGGACAACCUGGCUACCCCGGGGCCACGGGGCCCCCCGGCCUUCCCGGCAUCAAAGGCGAGCGAGGCUAUGUGGGUCCCCCUGGCGAGAAAGGGGAGCUGGGACCCCCUGGCGUGGAUGGGCUGCCCGGUCCUGUGGGGCCAGCGGGUCCCAGGGGUGAGCGUGGCCUCCCAGGAAGUGCUGGAGAAAAAGGGGACCAGGUGAGUGUCCCCAAAGGGGGGACAGGACCCCCGGGACCCCCAUGGGGCAGGGGUUGUGGGGGCCAGCCUGGCUUCCCGGGACCACCGGGUCCCCCUGGUUUCCCAGGAAAGGUUGGUCCAGCCGGGCCACCAGGGCCUGUGGCCGAGAAGGGCAGCGAGGGCAUGCGAGGCCCCACGGGGAUGCCAGGACCCCCCGGGCCCCCUGGACCCCCGGGAAUCCAGGGCCCUGCUGGCUUGGAAGGACUGGAUGGCAAGGACGGGAAGCCAGGGCUGAGGGGUGACCCAGGUCCCCCCGGGCCACCAGGGAUGAUGGGUCCUCCGGGCUUCAAGGGCAAGACAGGACACCCAGGGCUCCCAGGACCGAAGGGUGACUGUGGCAAACCCGGCCCCCCGGGGAGCACGGGCCGGCCGGGAGCCGAGGGUGACCCCGGACCCAUGGGACCCCAAGGCCGGCAGGGACCCCCAGGACUCAUCGGACCCCCCGGCAGCCCAGGACAGCCGGGUCCCGCUGGCCUCGCUGGAGUGGGGCUGAAGGGCGAGCGCGGCUCCGUGGGCGAGCGGGGUCUGCCCGGAAUGCCAGGACAGCCGGGACCCCCGGGACACCCGGGACCACCGGGAGAGCAGGGACCGGACGGACCCGUUGGGAAGGAGGUAGGAGCGGGGAUUUCUGGAACUUUCCUGGACGGUGUCCCCAGGGUGGCGACAUCCCUGUCACACUGCUCCUGUUUUCCAGGGACCCCCAGGAAAACCGGGCAUUGCGGGACCGGCCGGACAGAAGGUGAGUGGAUCCUGUGCCACCAGUGCCACCUCGGUGUCGCACAGCUGUCGCGACACCCAGAACUGAGCUUUUCCUGUCCGCAGGGUGACGCUGGAUCCCCUGGAGAGAGGGGGUACCCCGGGGAGAAGGGCAGAGCCGGAAUGCCCGGGGGUCCGGGGAAAAGCGGCUCCAUGGGGCUCGUGGGGCCACGGGGACCCGCGGGAGAGCGGGGACCCCCGGGCUCGCCGGGCCCCGCGGGUAGCCCCGGGCUACCGGGACCGCCGGGGAUGAUGGGAGAUGUGGUGAAUUACGACGAGGUCAAGAGAUUCAUCCGGCAGGAGCUGAACAAGAUGUUUGACGAGCGGAUGGCCUAUUACACCUCCCGGCUGCACUUCCCCGUGGAGAUGGUGGCAUCCCCGGGCAGGCCCGGUCCCCCCGGCAAGGACGGGCUGCCCGGCCGGCCGGGACCCCCCGGCUCCCCGGGGAUGCCGGGGCAGAUCGGCAGAGAGGGGCGGCAGGGCGUGCCGGGCAUGCGGGGUGAGCCGGGUGCCAAAGGAGAGAAAGGCGAGAAAGGUGUGGGGCUGAUGGGGGACAGCGGCCCCCCGGGACCCCCAGGUGAGCCCCCCCUCCCUCUGCCUGGCCCCCAGCCCCGUGCUGCUUUGCUGCCACCCCCUCACCCUGUCACCCCACACCUUUUUUCAUCUCUUCCAGGUCCCCAAGGGCCACCAGGCUAUGGAAAGAUGGGUCCCCCUGGCCCCGUGGGGCAGCAGGGCAUCCCUGGCAUCCCCGGCCCUCCCGGUGCCACGGGGCAACCGGGCAAAACCGGGCACUGCAGCCCCGCCGAGUGCCUGGGGGCCGUGCCCAUGGAGCAGCCGCUCUUCCAGCCCAAGAACGUCAAGGGUCCCUUCGGCUGAGGGGUCCCGCGCCCCCCGCGCCCCCCGAAUUUGCUGUUAAUAUUGUUAAUAUUGUUUCCCCGCUGUGCCGGGGCCGUGCCCGUGGCGGGGGGCUCGGGGGUUUGUACAGCUCCGUGGCAAUCGCG